UUAAUUCUACCUGAUUUGAUUUUUUUAAUUUCGGAAACUUGGCUCAACUCCAUACGAGUACGACAAUAUUGAAUUAGAGUUAAAGUUUUCUCGCUCAUACACAUUUCAUUUGUCUUUCCGUAGUUUAGCUGUUAACAUUGUUCUCUAUUUCGCGAGGCUUUUUCUUGUUGUUCCUUUUUUCAAUGCCAUUCCUUAACGUUCACAGAAGGGUGAAAGUUCCAGAAAUGUCGAUGGAAGGAUCUACUAGGAUAGCUGUUUUUAACAAAUACUCUCCUUCUAUCACCAAGUUGUGGAAGCAGAAGGACAGGCUCAAUAGAUACAGUUCUAAGGGGACGCAAAUAAAACUAGAUCAGGAGAAAGAGACAGCAAUGAGGGCAUUAAACAGGACCCAGAAUUUGUUAAUGAAAGACAGAGGACAACAGUCUCGUCCAGUCUCCAGAGCCUCUACUCUGUGGAGCUCUCAGGAACUCAGCUGCAGGACCAGGUCUUCUAAAAGGAGACCUCUUUCAGCUAGAGUUAAAUCUGAUGCAGUACCUGGAGAGGAGAUGGGUUUGAUAGAAACGUUUGGCACAUUGUCCGUGAGAAGAGAGGCCACGUUCUGUAGAUCACUGAAUCAGAUCUGUAAUGCUACUGAGAGAGAGAAACAGUCCUGGGACCAUCAAGUUAUCAGACAACAGCAAGUAUCUUUACUGGAUGAUAGGAGUAUGGAGCUCAUAGCCCCAACUAGGAGAAAAAAGACUACUGACAAGUUGGCGAGAAAUCAGAAAUGCAAAUCAGAAUUGUUAGCCGAAAGAGGUCCAGCGCCCAACCCACUAUUAUCGAGCAGAUCACUCAUUAUGACGUCAUCAAUCUUUCUUACGUCAUCACAGUCCUUCCAGUCCGAGGUCCCUCGGUACGUCCGACUACGUGGAGAGCACAAGUCAAAACACGGUACAACGUGUAAAUCAUCUUCAAACGAUCAGCUCACUCAAUCGUCUGCAAUUAAAAUCGUUAAACCAUCACCUCCAGAAAAGACACCACCAUCUCCAGAGAAGCUGCUUCAGUCCCCGGAAUCGUACAAUCCUGAUGAAUACAUAACAACCAGCCAAGAAGACUUGUGUGGUGAUCUCUACAUCCAACAUUGUCCCUCAAGAAGACUCUCCAAGACAUUCUCAUCACCUGAUAUCAGGAGACUCAACUCUCCGUGAUUUUAUUAAAAUGGUACCGGCCAUGAAGCCUGGAAUACUCAAACUAUUAAUGUAAUAUGCUUGAUGUUUUCGAUUUAUCGUUCUCUGAAAGUUCGCAAGUUUUCAAUUAUUUUAAAUCGUUUACGAAAGCUAUUGACGAUUGAACAAUUUUCUCCUAAAAAGAAGCGUAUAAUAUUGAUGCUAUUUUACAAGCUUACUGAAAUUUACGUCCUGUUCAUUUCGUGAGGAACUUUUUUGAUGAUUUCUAAGUGCAAAUUUCAUAGCAUUACUACAUGAACAUAAGAAUUUAUAGAAGUUUGAGCUGGCUGCAGAAAUCGUACUCAAAUAAGCGUAGUUUUCAAUUCUAUCAAAAGCGAAUGAUAAAGAAGAGUCGGAACCGAAACUUCAGUUCUUCUUUUGAAGUUGAUUUCACAAAUUCUGAAAAUGGACAAUUUAUCCGUAAACUUUUGUCCAAUAUUUUACUUUUGAGUUACAUAUUGGGUUACAGUUAAAAAAUGUAAUAUUUGUUGAUUUUACAUCAAAGAUUUAUUAUAUAUUAUUAUUAUAUAUUUAAAUGUUCCUGUAUUAAAAAUAUCAUGAAGAUUCACUUGGAACCUGACUUAAUGGACAAACUUUUAAACUUUUAAGCUAUCUUAUGUGAAAAGAUGACGAAAAAUACAUUAACGAAGUUUAAUGUGGGUUAACUACAUGCGUACGAGAGCCCAUCACGCAAAAAUAGAAAGCUUGUUUAUUUGAUCACACUUUCACGCAUCUUAUCAUCUGUACUGGGUCAACGAUCCAGUACAUCUGUACGUUGUUAUUUUCACUUGUUCGGCUUGCUAUUGCAAAAGGGGCUUCAAGAUGUUUAAACUUUUGUUUGUUUACUUCCACAACUUGGAACAAAUGAUCUAAACAAAACACAUCUACUAUAAA